CGUCCCCGUGCCCCCCCGUGCCCCAGCUGCCCCCUCCCCGCAGAACCGCACGCCGCUGAUGUUCCAGCGCAUGGAGCCGCCGUCCCCGACGCAGGAGGGGGGCCCGGGGCCGGACGCGGCCCCCGCAGCCGAGCCGGGUGCAGGGCUGGCCACGCGCGACGGGGGCCUGAAGGAGAGCCACUCGUGGGUCACCCAGCGCGCCCAGGAGAUGUUCCAGAAGACGGGGACCUGGAGCCCCGAGCGGGGGCACCCCGAGGACGUCCCCAACAGCCGCCCCAACUCCCAGGCGGUGGAGCUGCGCGAGAUGGCGCGGGACGGCUCGGACGGCGAGUACCUGCCCGUGGAGGGCCACGGCCGCGCCGCCUCCAUGCCGCGCCUGCCCGCCGACAACCAGGUGAGGGCCGGGGGGGGACACAC